GCUGCCAUCGUACACACUAUGAUGGAGUGUACCUUGAUAAGAGCUUUAAUCAUCUGCAGCCUCGGCUGGAUCUCUGUCUCAGCUGCUGAUUCUCAGACUGUGGAGGUCCAGUCUGGUAAAGAAGUCUCUCUCACAUGCUCUAAGAAGUCUGACUCUGCAACAGUGUGGUUCAGAGUGGUCAACAGAACCAAGGCCAGCUGGAUCUCCACUAUGCUCGGCUCUAACAAUGUUCCUUCGUACUGUGAUGGAUGUCAAAGUGGAAAAUUUGAAAUGAGUUCCGACACCCUCAAAAUGAAGACAGUGGCUGUAUCUGACUCUGGACUGUAUUACUGUGUUGUUUACAGCGGUGGACAGACAUUUUUCACCACCAUACAUUUAAAUGUUGAAGAGUCUGAUGAUGUAACAAAGCUGAUGAGUGUGAUCCUGGGCGGUCUGACUGCUGUUCUCCUAACAGUCAUCAUUGGUCUGGUUGUUACAAUCAGGAAACUUCAGAAAGCUGCCAGUGGAGAACAGAAUCCACCACAGCGUGAGAAUCCGGGCUCUGAUGAUCUGAACUACGCAGCAGUGACGUUCUGUCAAAAAGGAAGAAGAAGAGAAGUGGAGCAGAAUGUUGUGUAUUCUUCUACUAGAUAGGAAGAUCAGGAAGCAACCUGAGGUGUUGUUCAGAGUAAAACUGAUGCUUUGACAUAUUAAUCUGCAGAUGUGCUUUUGUGUUAGUGGUGGACUUACCAUUACUGUGUCAAAAGAAAAAGAAAUGUGAAGGCCUAUUCCUAGUAAUGUGUUCUAUUCCUGUUCCUCUUUUGAAAGAUGUAAUCAGAGUACAUCAAUACAGAAAGUAGAUAUUUUAAAUAUUGACUUAAUACUCUGAGUGUCUAUACUGGUAUGAGGAAUAAAAAUACAAAGAUGCAGCAGCCAUCCAGCUUUAAAUUUCUUUUCAUGUACUGUACAUGUAACAAGUCUACUGUCUACUGUGGUAAGAAAACAGCGCUGUGGGUACCAGCCUAAAGAGAAGUCUCAACCACAGGAGGACUGGCCUUCAGCUGAGUUCCAUUUAUUUUAAUGUGUUACUUUUGUAAUGUAGCAUCAGCUGCAAAACAAACUUUGUACAUACAUAGUUGGCUGCAGGCAAACCAUUCGACUUUGUGAAUUAGUGUGUUCAACUUGUUAACUUUGUUACUUAGGAGGGCUUUUGAACCAGUUUUGAGUUUGUGAAUAUAAGUUUGUAUCGUAGUGUACUUUAUAGUGUUAUUAGUUGGUUUUCUGGUACUCUUUUGUUCGGUCACUAUAGAGCUCUUCUAAGCAGUUUAAGUAGGAGUGAGGAGCCCUCUUUGUUUGGCAUUGUUCUGGUUUUUUUUUCUCUUGUUUCAUAUUUUAUGAGUCUAGGUGAGAAACUUGUCUUUUGUUUAAUGAGGUUUUUUUUGUUAGGUAAGUUUGGGCCAAUAACUCGGGCCAGUAACUUAGGGCCAUAAGUUUUGUUUGUUGUUUUGGGCACUGUUUAUCUCUGAAGUCUAAUAAACUGCUCACUUCAUUUUCUGAAA